AACCAGAGGUAUCACUCACCUGGUGGACAAAGAUCACAACCUCAGUAUGUUGACACGAUGGAUUCAAUGAGUGAGUCAGUGAGAGACAUUCACUCCUCUAGGUAAUUCCCACACACUACAGGGUCCAGGAAUAUACUAACUUUGUAAAGAGAACAUACACUGGCUCAGAGCUAAGAGCCGGGGGCUUAGGGCCAUGUGUGAAUUGAUCACGACUGUUUUAUCCCCUGGGGGCUGCCGCACGUUUCAGAUCUUCUGGAGCUGACGCUUUGACCCCUGAUCUGGUUCAGCGUCUCUCUUCUAAAAGCAUGUUUGUGAGAGAAGGUUCCUUUGUCUCUGUUUCCUAUGAGUUUGAUAGGUUGAUGGUGGGAAGUGUAACAGAGUGUCAAUUUUGGGUCCAUAACUGCCCAAACUUCUUUAACGGCUUGUGACUGAUGCCAGGCCAGGUAUGUCUACUACAUACUAUAGAUGGCCAUUAGUUUGCCUGACUGUAUAUGUCUAUACAGGGGCUCUUUACUACAGCUUAAAUAUAAUUGCAGUCUGAUUACGAUGGAAAUAGCUGCCCCAGCCUGAGAAAUUGGAGGUGUGGCGUGAGAGCGUGUGAAAAGGGUACCAUUUGCGUGAGUCUCAUGCUCAAUGCGUGAGAGUUGGCAGCUCUGCACAUAUGUGUGUGUGUCUGUGGGGACACAAACAAAGGCAAGAUGACCGAUUCAAAAUGGUCACUGUGACCACAUGGCCUAAACAUGAAAGACCAGGGCUGCAGUCGAAAAGUCAAAAUAAUUUCCUUUCCUAACCCAUUUUCCUUGACCUUGAUGAAAAACACCAUGAGAUCAAGGAAAGAUGUGAAGGAGAAUUCAUAAGGACUCGGGAAAAGACAAUUUCAGCGUGGAGAGAAUCCGACUGCACUUAAACUAAGCUUUUUUUUAAACUAACUUUAUUAUAACACAUGGAAGAUAAAUCCUCCUUUCCUAACCACAAAAACAGAGCAAACAGGAUUGAAAUAUUGAAAUAAGAUGAAAUGAAAGGAAUAUACAAAUAAAGAAAGCUGAGCCAGUAAAAUAAUAGUUGCAAGAAAUUUGAAGAAAUUAUAUUCAGACACAAGUAUAUAGUUUGUUGACAUACACGUGUGACAUUUCUAUACAAGUGUUAACAGAUUUGAAAGAGAAUAAAUAUAUAUUUAUGUAUUUGGGCUUCAGUCGAUCAGACAAAAAUUUUAAUCAGUUCAAGAUCGUGUCACAAACAUAAAACAGCUGCUCUGUUGUUUCUACAUUUACGUGGGUCUGCCGAGGUGACACUACAAUGGUGCAUCUCUUUACAUGUUAUGGCGGCAAGGAAUUAUGGGACGGCAUUUUCUCCUUUACUUGCGUAAAAGAAGGUCCAGUGUUUGGAGAUAGGUUGGGAGCACUAAAGCUCCUUUCCUCAUCCUUUAGAGAAUUUGACCAGCUCCUAUCAUGGCUGCUGCUGAGACACUUCUGGGUCAUUUCACUCAGUAAGGAACCUUCCUAUGAGCAAAAAAGACUAGUAGAUAGAUAGAUAGACAGAUAGAUAGAUAGAUAGAUAGAUGGAUAGAUAGAUCCGACUCGUACCGGAUUGGAUGGUACGAGUCUCUACAGCACCCGGAAGUGGGUUUUCUGAGUAUGAUGUUUCAUAAUGUGUCUAGGAAUAGGGGAAGCAACAACUGCCGAUGUGGUGUAAAGGUGUAAACCUCACUGUAAAGUCACUGAACAAUGCCAGAUUUAUAUACCAGAUAUCACAGAUGUUAUAGCAGUCACAAAAAGAUGGAAUGUUGUGCUAAAAGCAUUAAAUUUCAAAGACUAGAGGGUUCAUAAUAACAUCAGAUGAACUUUUAAAUAUAUUUUUGCACAGAACAAAGACUGCGGAUUUUAUAUUGCAAAGUGCUAAAUUGUAUAAACUGUCGUAGUGUUCAUAUGGGCACCUGGUUGUUGUUUUAAGACAGACCUCAAACACUGCAAACCUGUCCUUUAACCUGGAUGAGUCAAUAAUGAGGAGAAUUAAGCUACAGCAGGACGGACUUCAUUAGAUAAAAAGGAGAGUGUUGCAGAGAGGGAGUCUAGUCUAGUCUGAUAGCAGAUGCUGGAUCAGGUAGGACAAUGAAUUGGACUCAGCUGUGGCUGCUGGCCUUUCUGGCCAUCUCCUGUCUGACUUAUCUGGCUGUUGGAUCUCCAUUGAAGGUGAUGUCUGCCCCCAACUUGUUGCGUGUAGGAACAGCAGAAAACAUCUUUGUGGAGUGUCAAGACUGCACCGGAGGAGACAUAAAUGUCGAUAUCAGCGUGAUGAACUUUCCAACCAAAACCAAAAUGCUGGCAUCCAUACAUGUGACCCUUACCAGUGCAGAUCGCUUCCAGGGAUUUGGACAAAUAACGAUUCCUGCAGAAGACUUCAACAAAGAUCCAACCUUGAAGCAGCGUGUCUACCUGCAAGCUCAGUUCCCUGACCGCCUGCUUGAGAAAGUCGUCUUAGUGUCGUUCCAGUCCGGCUACAUCUUCAUCCAGACUGACAAGACCCUCUACACCCCAAACAGUAUAGUUCAUUUCAGGAUGUUUGCAGUAACACCACGCAUGGAGCCUGUGGAGAGGGAUACCCCAACCAGUACUUAUGCUUCCGUAACCAUCGAGAUUGUGACUCCUGAGGACAUCAUUUUCUCUCUUGACACUGUCUCUCUGAAAUCGGGAAUCCACUCAGGAAGUUAUCAACUUGGUGAAAUUGUCAGUCUCGGGCUUUGGAAAGUGGUGGCCAGGUUUCACAGCAACCCACAGCAAAGCUACUCUGCAGAAUUUGAGGUCAAAGAAUACGUGCUGCCCAGUUUUGAGGUGAAAGUGAUACCUACGAGCUCCUUCUUCUACGUGGACAGUCCACAGCUCACCAUCAACAUUAAAGCUACGUAUCUGUUUGGUGAAGAGGUGGAUGGGACAGCCUUCGUGGUAUUUGGUGUUGUGCAUGAGGGUCAAAAGAAGAGUUUUCCUGACUCCAUUCAAAGAGUGCCGAUCGUGCAAGGUGAAGGAGUGGUCACGCUGAAGAGAGCGCACAUCACACAGACCUUCCACAUCAACAACCUGGUGGGGGAUUCCAUAUUUGUAGCUGUCAGUGUGCUGACGGAGAACGGUGGUGAAAUGGUGCAGGCAGAGUUGGGAGGUAUUCAGAUUGUCACGUCACCCUACACCGUCCACUUCAAGAAAUCACCCAAAUAUUUCAAACCAGGAAUAACGUGCGGUGAAUUACUUACUUACAUGAACAUUUAUGUUGAAGUUCUGAAUCGAGAUGAAACUCCGGCCAAAGGUGUUGAGGUGGUGGUGGAUCCAGGUGAUGUGCUUGCCCUCACUGAUGCCAACGGCAUGGCAAGGGUUGACCUCAAUACAAUGCCACAAAGCUCAAGUCUGACAAUCACUGCAAGGACCAAUGAUCCUGGUAUUUCACGUGAAAGACAAGCAUCAGCCACCAUGACAGCUCUCCCAUAUAAAACUAAGAGCAACAACUACAUCCACAUAGGUGUGGAUACAGCAGAGCUGGAGCUAGGAGACAAUCUGAAAAUCAACUUCAUCUUUAGCAGGGAGUUAAAUAAUCAAGACACUGAUGUCACAUACCUGAUCCUGAGCAGAGGUCAGCUGGUGAAACAUGGCCAUUACAGGAAUAGAGGCCAAGUACUGAUUUCCCUGGUAUUUCGCAUCACCAAAGAAAUGCUGCCAUCGUUCCGCAUCAUAGCCUACUACCAUACAAAUGACAAUGAAGUGGUAUCAGACUCUGUUUGGGUGGAUGUCAAGGACUCCUGCAUGGGCUCGCUGACGUUGGAAUCAUCGAGACCUGCCGUGUCCUAUGAGCCUCGCUGGGAAUUUGGUCUGAGAGUCACUGGAGAUCCAGGGGCCACAGUGGGACUGGUGGCAGUUGACAAAGUCACCUACUUCCUGAAUAACAAGCACCGCCUCACCCAGAAAAAGAUCUGGGACACUCUAGAGAAGUCCGACACAGGCUGCACACCCGGUGGAGGUGCAGACAGUAUGGGUGUGUUCUUCGAUGCCGGGCUGUUGUUUGAGUCGAGCACUGGUUCUGGGACUCCCUACAGACAAGAUUUGAAGUGUCCAUCCCCCACAAGGAGGAAACGAGCCAGCAGGACACUGGAAGUCACAACAGACUUGGAAGAAGAAGAUUUGGAAGACAGAAGCAAUGAAAUUGUUUCUCGCACCAUAUUCCCUGAAAGUUGGCUGUGGUCAACCAUCAAACUGCCUGCUUGCCCUGGACAAGAACCCAACUGUGUGUCCACAUCAUUUAUGAAAAGAUUUCCUUUAUCUGACUCAAUCACAACCUGGCAGAUCAUCGGUAUUAGUCUGUCAAGAACUCAUGGAAUCUGUGUGUCCAAUCCAUUGGAGGCAGUUGUUUCGAAGCAAUUCUUCAUUGAUCUCAAACUGCCGUACUCUGCUGUAAAAGGGGAGCAGUUGGAAAUUAAGGCUGUCCUCCACAACUACUUCCCUGAGCCUGCUAUCGUGCUUGUGGAACUGCUUGAGGAGGAGCAUGUGUGCAGUGCAGCUUCAAAUCGUGCAAGGUAUCGUCAUGAGGUCGUGGUUCAGCCUGAAACCACCCGAUCUGUACCCUUCAUCAUUAUUCCCAUGAGGGAAGGACAAUUCCGCAUUGAGGUCAAAGCAGUUGUUAAAGACUCGUCGCUCAGUGAUGGAAUCAUGAAGAUGCUGAGGGUGGUGCCUGAAGGUGUGUUAACAAAAUCUGAAAGUAUUAUAACACUAAACCCUGCUGAGAAAGGUGUAGACGGUAUCCAAGAAGAAAUAAUCAGAAGUGACAUUUCUCGUAAACAUAUGGUUCCAAACACACCAAUGAGCACAACUAUGUAUCUGACAGGAAAACGGCAGCAUAGUGGGCUGGUGGAGGACGUCAUUGGUGGGAAAUCAAUGGGUAGUCUGAUCUAUCGGCCGUCAGGGACUGGAGAGGGCAACAUGAUACACAUGACCAUGCCUGCCAUUGCUACCAUGUAUUUAGAUAAAACCAACCAGUGGGAAACUGUGGGCGUUGAGAAACGUAAUGAAGCCCUCGAACACAUCAAGACUGGUUACCAGAACGAGCUUGCCUACCGUAAAAAAGAUGGAUCUUUUUCUGUAUUUCCCAAUCACCCAAGUAGCACCUGGCUGACGGCCUAUGUCGCCAAGGUGUUUGCCAUGGCCAAUAGUCUGGUUGCAGUGGAAAGCAGCGUGAUCUGCGAUGCUGUCAAGUAUGUGAUUCUCAAUGCCCAGCAACCUGAUGGCAUGUUUCGAGAAAUCGGGCCUAUAUUUCACGGAGAGAUGACGGGUGAUGUGCGUGGCAAAGAUUCAGAUGCCUCCAUGACAGCCUUCUGCCUCAUCGCCAUGCAGGAGUCACGCACACUGUGUGCUGCCACUGUUAAUGUUCUGCCAGGCAGUGUAGAAAAAGCCGUGGCCUACCUGGAGGGGCGCCUGCCGAGCCUAGUCAACUCUUAUGCUGUUGCCAUGACAUCAUACGCCCUGGCCAAUGAAAACAAACUGAACCAGCAGAUCCUCUACACGUUUGCCUCCCAAGAGUUCUCCCACUGGGUUGUACCAGGAAGUCAUGUUUACACAAUGGAGGCCACAGCUUACGCUCUUCUUGCUCUCGUCAAGGUCAAGAUGGUGUCGACAUAUUAUAAUUUGCCUGGUGAAAAGAAGAGCGACUGUGAGAAGUUUAACCUGUCUGUGCAGAUCCUCCCAGAGAACGUGGAUGAUGAUGAGAAGAUAUACAAGCUGAGAAUAGAGGUUUUGUAUAAUGACACGGAGCGUGAUGCAGCCAUGUCGGUUUUGGAUAUUGGCUUGCCAACUGGCUUCACUGUGAACAAAGGAGACCUGGAUUUAUUAUCUAGAAAUCGUACUCGCACAAUUGCAAACUAUGAAAUGACCUCAGUCCUGUCAGAGAGAGAUUCACUCAUCAUCUACCUGGACAAGGUUUCUCACACUCAACCAGAAGAGAUCGCUUUUAGGAUCCAUCGGACGCUGAAAGUGGAUGUCUUACAUCCAGCUGCUGUGUCUGUCUAUGAAUAUUAUGACCAGACACAUUGUGUGAAAUUUUACCACCCGGAGAGAAGUGGAGAGCUAAUGAGGUUGUGUAGAAAUGAAGAAUGCAUAUGCGGUGAAGGCUACUGCAGUAAGCUGCAAAAGGACAAGACCAGACAUGAAAGCCGUGCUGUAAAGGCUUGUGAGUCCACGGCGGCAUACAGAACAGAUUAUGUGUACAAAGUACGAUUGGCGGGGUUUGAACAAGUUUCCUCUGUUGACAUUUACACAAUGGAGAUAGUAAAGGUCAUUAAGUCAGGAUAUACUGAUGUGAAUCCUCUUAAUGAAUUGCGCAAAUUCACCAGUCAUCCACAAUGCAGGCAGUCUUUAGAACUGACUGUAGGCAAAACCUACCUUCUAAUGGGCACAGACAAAAAUAUUCGCAGGAAUCCCCAAAGUCAAAUGUAUGAGUAUGAUCUCUUAGCCUCUAACUGGAUUGAGUACUGGCCCACAGACCCAGAGUGUCCUGCUGUCCAACACAGAUGUAACUGUGUUACCCUUCGGGAGUUCAAUGCCCCUGCAUGUUUGCAGUAAUGAAACUUUGCACUUUGCAUUAUUCUUAAUAUGUAAAACUUAUAUGACUUGCAGAAGUCUCAAUAUUAUACUGUAUUCUGUUGAUUAAAAUGUAUAACAGCCUUUA